AUGAACUUUCCGUCGGGUACGCCGCCGCCGCCGCCGCCACCACCGUCGGGUGGUGCUGUCGCUGCCGGCAUCGGUCCGCAAGAUCCCAACGUCAAGGCUAUCCAAGGAGCGAUGGAGUCAUGCUUUGGCAAGUCGGUCAUGUCGGGCGUCAUGGGAUUCGGCAUGGGUGGCCUCUUUGGCAUGUUCAUGGCUUCGAUGUCAUACGAUACACCGUUUGGAAGCCCCGUAACGAAUGCGGCGGGCCAGACCAUCUCGUCGAUGCCGCUGCGGGAGCAGCUCAAAGUUGGCUUCAAGGACAUGGGCACGCGUUCCUAUUCCAUGGCCAAGAACUUCGGCAAGGUCGGCGCACUCUUUGCCGGCAUCGAGUGCGGCAUCGAGGGCAUGCGCGCCAAGAACGACCUCGGCAACGGCGUCGCGGCCGGCUGCCUGACAGGUGGCAUCCUCGCCAAGAACGCAGGUCCGCAGGCCAUGGCUGGCGGCUGUCUGGCCUUUGCCGCCUUCAGCGCGGCCAUUGAUGCUUGGAUGCGGCAGCCAAAGGAGGAUUAG